UGACAUUUCAGAUUCAAAUGCGAGGGAAAAGAAUGACGGUUAUCGACGAACUCGCGAGAAGUGUCUGAUUCGAUGAAAUUGAGUGUUGUGCUCGUGUUAUUUUUUACAUACAGAUAUUUUUCACAAUGGAAAGUGGACAGGCGUUCAAAAUGCCAUCAGUUGUAACUAAUUAUAAAGAAGCUGUUCAAGAAAUAUGUCGCAAGAUGGUUGAUCAUGUUCACAAAAGGGGCAAAAACCAUCAAUGGACCUUAGAAGAUUUCGAAAUUGGAGCACCUUUAGGGAGAGGAAAAUUCGGUCGCGUAUAUCUAGCUAGAGAGAAAACUACUCAUUACAUGGUUGCUUUAAAAACAUUGUAUAAAAUUGAAUUGGUAAAAGGACGUGUGGAAAAGCAAGUAAUGCGAGAAAUUGAAAUACAAACACAUUUAAAACAUCCAAAUAUUCUUCAGUUAUUAACGUAUUUUCAUGAUACUAAAAGAAUCUAUUUAGUUUUGGAAUUUGCUGCAAGAGGUGAAUUGUAUAAGGAAUUAAAACGUCAGCCAAAUGAGCGAUUUAACGAGCACUUAUCUGCUAAAUAUACUUACCAAGUGGCCGAUGCUUUGGAUUAUUGUCACAAAAACAAUGUGAUUCAUAGAGAUAUAAAGCCUGAAAACUUAUUGCUCACAUUUGACGGUGAUAUAAAACUUGCAGACUUUGGGUGGUCUGUGCAUGCACCAUCUUCAAAACGAAACACCCUGUGUGGAACUUUAGAUUAUCUGCCACCAGAAAUGGUUAUGGGACAUACCUAUGACAUGUAUGUUGAUCAUUGGUGCUUAGGAAUUCUCUGUUAUGAAUUCCUUACAGGAAAGCCACCUUUCUUAAGCAAUAGUCAAUCAGAAACAUAUGCCAAGAUAAGAACUGUAAAUAUAAUUUGGCCAGAGGAAAUUAAACCUGGGGCCAAAGAUCUGAUAUCUAAGCUUAUCAAAAAAAAAAGUACAGAACGAAUUUCUAUGGUUGAAGUUAAGACACAUCCCUGGAUUAGAGAGCACAAAGAUUCAUCUAAAUAGUUUGAAUAAACGGUAUGAAAGAUUAUUAAUAUUAAAAAACAUUUUGCGUUCCAUAAUUUUUUUGCAAUUUUUUAGUUAGAUACAAUAUCAAAAGUAUGUUUAUAUGUCAAAAAAAUGAAAAAUAUUGACAAGUGUCAACAGAUAUACUUUUUACAUAAUGUUUUUAAUAGUAUAGCGUAUAAUAUUUAAAACCGUCAA